GCAUGCGCAGACCGCGGCGGCGCGCGGCGUGCGGGUGGGCGGCGGACCUCGUGCGCGGCGGCGGACAUGGCGAAGAGCCUGAGGAGCAAAUGGAAGAGGAAGAUGCGGGCGGAGAAGAGGAAGAAGAACGCGCCCAAGGAGCUGGAGAGGCUGAAAAGCAUCCUGCGAACCAACGCGGACGUGGUCAUGGAGGAGGUCAAGGAGGUGGCGACCGUCCUCCCCCCGCGGAAGGUCCUCGAGCAGGGGGAUGACUGCAAAAUGGACACAGAUAAUAAAAGAAACAAAAAAACUCUUCUAGACCAGCAUGGACAGUACCCAAUAUGGAUGAAUUCCAGGCAGAAAAAGAAGCUCAAGGCACAGCGUGUUAAAGGGAAAAAAAAGUCAAAGUUGGCCAAAGGCUUAGCCUGGUAGACUCAAGGAAUUUUGUAAAAUGUGGAUAUUUUAAUUACAGAAUAAAGAUCCCAAAUAAGUACCUGAUUCAGGGGAAGCUUAGCCAUCACAUAUAAUUUAUCAUCGUGUUGCUCUAAUGACUGAGAGGACUAUUCGGCCAACAAACAAUGAAAGCAAUAUCAACUUGAUACCUGGCUAAUUCAAAAAAAAAAAAAAAGAAGAGAGAGAAGCUGAGUGCCUUUGAAUAAAUUUAAGUAUCUGUGCUUAUUUGCUUUCUUAGAGGUUGGGGGCGGGGGGUCCUUCAUCUUUUAUAAUGUGUAAACUAAAAAUGCUGAGGAAAUCAUAAAAAUAAUGAAGCUGUAAAUGGUCUUUGUACUGCAGUCUUUGUUAAUGUAAUGUAUUUUUUAGUAAUUUUACCACAGGGUUCUGUAAACUGACUACAUCUUUUAGUCCUCUGUAAAAUGACUUUUGUUGUGCUGAUCUGUGUUGCUUUUAACAUCUGGUAAUUAAUGAAACAGACUCUUAAUGUGUAACUUAAAAGAGAUCAUACACUGAAAUCAACACCAAGGUUUCAUGAAAUUUUCUUUCUGUGAAACUAAAGAUGAAGUGUCAGUAUGAUUUUGAUUUCUUAAUUCUCAGAAGGCUUUUUAAAUGAAGAUGCUUUUUGCGGCUUCUUGAAAGUGAAAUAUCAUAGGAACGAAAUAAUUGAAAGUAAAAAAAAAACUUUUGUUACCCAUCCGAGAGAGUGCUAUUGCACAGAUUGUAAUAGGUAAAUUUUGUUUAAAACAUUUUCCAAACUUCAAUAAAGUAUAUGAGAAUUUAUUUUGCCAUGUGUAUUUUCAGUAGCCUUAUAUUCCUUUUAAACUGGUACUCAUUUACCAUGUUUUAUAAUGUGGACAUGGGAUAAAAUAUUGCAUGAUUGCAUAACAAAUGCCAUUUAUAUGUGAUUAGCUACAGUUGGUUGCAUAUUACCUGGCAAUAAUGUGUGAUGACAGAUCCAAGAAUUAGUUAAUCCUGAAAGCCAGUGUUUUUAAAGUGCCUCUCAUUUCAAGGAUGGAAAUAAUUACAGUAGCAGCCCAGUUGUGUGUUGGCUGUUGAAGGUCCCUUUGUUAAUACAGAGUAUUUCCUAUAUAUUUCAUAUAUUCAACUUUAUCCAAGAAUGGAAUCUACCUUGUGUAAUUGCCCAGAAAUGGCAAUUGGUGGUAUGUUUGUUGUGGUAACUUGGACAUAGAAAAUAGGAUUUAGCCUUUUAAAAACAAUUACGCUAUCUUAUACUGUACUAAAAAAACACUAGGAAAAAAUCAACUUGAUAGAAAAUUUCUCUGGAAAAGCAGGAUUUUUUAAAUUGAGUGCUCAGGAAAGGAUUCUUCUGUUGCUCGAGUAAAACAAAGAAGCUACAAAGAUGUCAGAAAACACCAGUACAUCUUCUGUUUUCACAUACAUCGAAAGUUAGUGAGACAUGGUAAGAUGUAUAGAUUAAAACUUACUAAAUUACCUGCUAUUAACAACUUAUAUUUGUACCUUAAAAGUAUUUCCAUUGGGUUGAUAAUACUCCUGGUAAAAAUAGAAGAUGCUGCUCUUGA